AUGUCGACGGGUCUUGUGACAACCACGCGGGUGACACACGCAACGCCUGCUGCCCUGUACGCCCAUUCGGCGCAUAGUGACUGCGAGAUGGACACCAAAAUGCCCAAGCGCACUCGUUGCAAGGACAUCACCUGGCAGCUCGUAGAGGAGGAACCUGGAAGGAACGUUAUCCUGGGCGGGGGUCUAGCGUACUUCAAGGACAAGCAGCGAGGCGGAGGCAAGCGCAGCGACGGCCUUGACCUGGUUGAUCUCUGGAAAAAGGACAAGAAGAACCGGAAGUUCGUUGGAUCUCGCGAGGAGCUGCUGGCCAUCGACACCAAGAAAACUGAUUACCUACUCGAUGAGUUCUCCCUCAAUAAGGCCUUGACGGGGAUUUUCAAAUGCUGCAUCGUUCUUUUGCUGCGUUGUCUUUUUUCGGGCGACCACGUGUUGUACGAAGAUUACCGCCAGGACAAGCAGCCGUCUCUGCUCUACAUGGUGGUGACGGCCAUUGAAAUACUGCAAAAGCGUGGAAACGGUUUCGCGCUCAUGGUUGAAGGCGGUCGCAUCGACCACGGACACCACGAGAAUCGGGCUGCGCUGGCGCUGCGCGAGACAUCGGAGUUCAGCGAUGCGGUGGCCGCUGCCCUGGAGCUGGUUGACGUGCGCGAAACCCUGGUGCUGGUCACCGCCGACCACUCGCACUCGUUCACCAUGAACGGCUACCCUGCAAGAGGAAACCCUAUACUGGGAUUUGCCGGAAUCUCCGAGAAGGACGGUCUUCCUUACACCACACUCUCUUACGCCAACGGGCCCUCGACGACGAAGAGGAAGGCUGACGUGAACACGGAGGCCGUGGACUACCAGCAGGUGAGCGCCGUCCCAUUGCGGCUAGAGACGCACGCUGGUGAAGACGUGGCGCUGUACGCCAUUGGCCCAAUGGCGCACAUGGUGCACGGAGUCUUGGAGCAGCACAUCGUUGCCCAUUUGGUCGACUACGCCGCGUGUCUCGGCGACGGCGCCCGGCUGAGAUCACGGUGUCAGGAGCAGAGAGCUUUCUGCGGCUCCGACGGUGGCCGAAUUCCUCGUUAG